AUGACCCUUGGAAAUGGGGCAACUCAGUCAGGGGGUAAUACAGGGUGGGCGCCACCAAAGGGGCUGGUUUGGUACACGGAUGGUUCCAGAAAUGGCGACCGAGGUGGAGCAGGAAUCUGGUCUGAGGGACCGUCAAUCGCAAGGGCCCUUAGACUGGGAUCUCACAUGAGCGUGCUCCAGGCAGAACUUGCUGCCCUGAGGGCCUGUGCCAGGGAAGUCCUGGACGGAGAGGACAGGGGCAAGAAAAUAUACAUCUGCUCAGAUAGCAAGCGCGCACUGAGGGCACUACUCAGACAUGAGAGUUCCUCUCGACUAGUCAACGAAUGCACUGAGCUGGUGGAGAGGGUUAGUGUUAAUAGCCAGCUAGACGUGGACCGGAUCCCAGACCAUGCUGGCAUCCUCGGUAAUGUAAGAGCCGAUGAGCUGGCCAAAAAAGGGUGUCUAAAGACUGCGCCAACCAGGGAAGACCUGGUGGGUAUGCACGUAGACAUGGUCAAGGAUAUGAUCCGGAAACGAGCGGAGAGGGGGAUUCUGGAGAAGUGGCGCUCUGAGAAGGGCGCCAAGCAUACAAGGACCCUUCUGCGUGAACCCACGAAAAAGCUAGCUGGGACGCUGGUUGGACAGAACAGGAUAAAGCUCCGGUCUCUGGUGGGACUUAUCACUGGUCAUUGGCCCCUAGCCUCAUACUUGGCUAAGAUAGACAGAGGAAUUGAUCCUAACUGCCCGAAAUGCGGACUCACAGAGGAGAAUCGGCACCACCUAGACACUAAAUACAGUGGUUUUGAUCAGGUCCGCUGGAAUGUCUUCAGGGCCACUUGCGCCAAGGAAUUGCAUGUCGAUACGGACGGUAUAGAAGGGCUCUACGAGUUUGCUCGGAGGGCAAACUUACUAACACCUAUGGACUAG